GGUAGCAGCUUGGCGGCAGGAACAGCUUCCGACGCUUUGCAGGCUUCACCGCUGCAGCUCGUCAGUCCGGCUGGAUCAUGGGGCUGCCCAAAGGGCCGGAGGGCCAGGGUCUCGCGGAGGUGGAAACAAGAGAAGAUGAAGAACAAAAUGUCAAAUUGACUGAAAUUCUGGAACUCUUGGUUGCAGCUGGGUAUUUCAGGGCAAGAAUUAAAGGCUUGUCACCUUUUGACAAGGUAGUAGGAGGAAUGACUUGGUGCAUCACCACUUGCAACUUUGAUGUUGACGUUGAUUUGCUCUUUCAGGAAAACUCUACAAUAGGUCAAAAAAUAGCUCUGUCAGAAAAAAUUGUCUCAGUCCUGCCAAGGAUGAAAUGUCCACACCAGCUGGAGCCCCACCAGAUCCAGGGGAUGGAUUUUAUUCACAUAUUUCCAGUUGUUCAGUGGCUGGUGAAACGAGCCAUAGAAACAAAAGAAGAGAUGGGCGACUACAUCCGCUCCUACUCUAUAUCUCAGUUCCAGAAAACCUACAGUCUCCCUGAGGAUGAGGACUUCAUGAAGAGAAAAGAAAAGGCCGUCAAGACAGUUAUUGACCUCUCUGAUGUUUACAAGCCCCGUCGGAAAUACAAACGCCAACAGGGAGCAGGGGAGCUGCUCGAUGAAGAGUCGCGAAUCCAUGCUACACUUUUGGAAUAUGGCAGGAGAUAUGGAUUUAGCCGCCAGAGCAAUACAGAGAAGGCUGAGGACAAGAAAACAGCAGUUCCCGCAGGGCUAUCAGCUACAGAAAAAGCUGAUGCUCAUGAGGAAGAUGAUCUUCGAGCAGCUGAAGAGCAGCGUAUCCAGUCACUGAUGACCAAGAUGACCGCCAUGGCCAAUGGGGAGAGCCAUCUCACCGCGAGCUCCGUGGGCCAGAUUGUGGGGCUCUGCUCUGCCGAGAUCAAGCAGAUUGUGUCUGAGUACACAGAGAAGCAGUCUGAGCUAUCAGCUGAAGAAAGCCCAGAAAAAUUAGGAAUCUCCCAGCUACAUCAUCGGAAAGUGAUUUCCUUGAACAAGCAGAUUCUGCAGAAGACCAAACAUCUGGAAGAGCUGCAAGCAAGUCAUACCAACCUACAAGCCAGAUAUAAUGAAUUGAAGAAAACGUUGACAGAGCUGAAGAGUCAUAGUGAGAAACUGGACAAAGAGCAAACAGCCCUCGAGAAGAUUGAAUCCAAAGCCGAUCCAAGUAUUCUGCAGAACUUGAGAGCACUUGUAGCCAUGAAUGAAAAUCUGAAAAGUCAAGAACAGGAGUUUAAAGCACAUUGUCGAGAGGAGAUGUCGCGGCUGCAGCAGGAAAUUGAAAACCUAAAAGCUGAGAGAACACCAGGUGGAGACGAAAAGACCCUCUCCAGCGGACAGACGCAUGAUGCCCUGACCUAUAUGAUAGCUCAUAAUGAGGAGCUAGACAGACGGUAUAAUAUGGAAAAAGAGAAACUUUAUAAGAUCCGUUUACUACAGGCUCGAAGAAAUCGAGAAAUAGCAAUAUUGCACCGCAAGAUUGAUGAAGUGCCCAGCCGAGCUGAACUAAUACAAUAUCAGAAGAGAUUUAUUGAACUCUACCGCCAGAUUUCAGCAGUGCAUAAAGAAACCAAGCAGUUCUUCACUUUAUAUAAUACCCUAGACGAUAAAAAGGUUUAUUUGGAAAAAGAGAUUAGCCUGCUGAACUCCAUUCAUGAGAACUUCUCACAAGCCAUGGCCUCCCCAGCUUCCCGGGACCAGUUUUUACGCCAGAUGGAACAGAUUGUAGAAGGAAUUAAGCAAAGCAAAAUGAAGAUGGAAAAGAAAAAGCAAGAGAACAAAAUGCGAAGAGACCAGUUGAACGACCAGUAUUUGGAACUGUUAGAAAAACAGAGGCUAUACUUUAAGACUGUGAAGGAGUUCAAGGAGGAGGGCCGCAAGAAUGAAGUGCUGCUGUCCAAGGUGAAAGCCAAGGCCUCCUGAGUGUUCCCAAUGAUCAUCGUAUGUCCUUGAUUUUUUUUUUUUUAAUGCCAUAUAUCAACUACAAGAUCAUGAAAUGGUUUUGAAAGCACCAGUAGAGAGAUGCAGGUGUAAUGAUUUCAACACCCUGGAUGUUUUCUUUCUCCUCUUUGCUUUCAUUUCAUCUCUGUGUUGGCUGUUGAUGGAAUCAGACAGUGUAAACACUGUGGCUUGGAUAACACCCAUCACCCUAUGAAGAAAUGUGGGCAGUACUUGUUCUCUGUGUCCAUCCAACUUUUAUUUCUCCAGUAACAUUGCACUCAUGAAAGUACCUGUAUUUGUAAGGACUCUCUGAAUAAAGAAGAAUUCUUUUGUUCAGCAAGUAUCAAUUGAACAACCACUGACAAGUAAGCAUGGAGGGAGAUCCAAAGAAGUGUAAAGCACAGUCCCUACUCCUCAGGAUCCAGCAAGUAGUUCAGGGAGCAGGUAUAGCCCACUUGACCCCAGAGCUUGGCUAUCUGAGAUUUUUUUCACUAACAAGGCUUUUAGCUGAAUGAUCAGUCCAUGUGGGUGUUGGCCACUUGGGCCUUUAACCUGCCCAUGGUGCCUUUUGUUCCUGUCUCCUUGAGGUGCCAGCCAGCAGGCUUGGAUGGCAUACAUAACAGUUAGGGUAAAACCUCAGUGUCAUUGGCUUAAUCUUUAUACACCACUUAAGUUUAUGUCAUCAGAAAAGAAAAAAAAAUUGAAAAUGGGCCUCAUAUUGAGGAUGAUUCAGUAAGAAUUAUAUCUUUCCAUGCCCUAGUUGUCAUUUCUGUCACAGCCAACAUGUGGAUGGGUUUGUGUAUGCCCCUCAUUGAGGGCACAUUUCAUGAGCAGAGCAGAUUACGGUCUCAACAAGAGAGACACACACACCACUUGCUGCAGUCAGGGCAGGCAGAAAGACAAUGAGUAGGUACCACAGGGCAUCAGGAGGAAGCACAGUGGGGUGUGCAGAGAUCCAGGAAGACUUCAUGGAGGAGGCAGCAUUUGGCCUAGAAAGGGGAAUAGGAUGUUAAUAGGUAGAGAUAGGUGGGAAAGCUGUUUUAGAAGAUACACAUGAUUAAAAACUCAAGAAGGUGCAGGAAAGUACAGGCAUACAUGGGAGAGGAGGGACAAGCUGGUCUCUGCAGGAGGCUGUACAGACAAAUCUGCAAAGAUGGACUGGACCAGCCUUUGGAGGGCCUCAAAGGGCAGCAGAGGAGUCAUCUUUAGCCUCUGGAAAGAGCCAUUCAGACCAAACAUGGAGCUCCUUCUGCUCUGGCCCUCAGGAGUCUAGCAAUUCAGUCAUGUUCAGUAAACCCUGGUGUGAGGUUUGUGCUGCAUUCUACAUGCGCCUUGCACAAAUACCAGUCAGCAGCUUUGGACCAUAACAUAUAAAAGCUUAAACAUGUCAGGCAAAUUGGGCACCCAGCACAGUCAUAGAAACAUCAUGUUCAUUUUUAGCUCUCAAAUGUAUGUGAUUAAGCAGGGCUGACAUAUACAGACUUAAAAAAAAAAAAAAUCCUAUUGUUAAAUUAACGACAGCUAUUGGUUUCUAUGCCAGGACCAGCGAGGCCUGCAUGAUGAACUGGGCAGAGGCAUCAGUGUCUGAACGGCACUCCCAGGUGCUGGGUGUACUUCCUGGGCCAUGUGCAGCUCCACCUUGCUGGUCCCAGGGCUGUGGUAGUAUGGGGAUUUUGAAAGAGCUCAGUAAGGUUGAAACAAGUAAUUGCAAAGGAUCAGGUGGUGUUUAGAGGACAGAGGGAAGAUGUUUAGGGAAACAUCUUUGUUACCUUGUUAAGAACCUCAUAGUCCGACCGCUGGCUAACUGAACUUUGUGAGCAGUAUGGAGAUUAUUUGAAUAUUUGUCCAAAGGUGGUAGGGAGGCAGGAGCUGGUGACGUUCUGGGGUUACCUCUCUGUGUUGAUGGGGAAAGUAAGGCAUGACUAAUUCAAAACAACCAAUAAUAAUUUUUGAAAAUGGAGGCAUUUAUUUUGGUCUGUGUUUCUCAAGAGUUUGGUUUUGGUGUAGAAGAAGUGUCAGUAGAUAUCUUUUUCCUUUUUUUAAUAGACAAAGCCUAUACAGAUGAUAAAUUAGUUUCCGUUGCUUAACACACUUUGAGUUAUACUGCAAAAGUCUUGAGGGUUCCAUGUUUGCCACAAACAACCUGCAUGUGGUUAGUGCCUUUGUGAGUGAUUAGAACAUUAUGUGGGCUUGACAGUCAAAGACUUAUAAGCCAAGAAGAUGCCCCAAGGCCCCUGAUCAUUUUGGAAGCCCCCAGGGGUUGAGGAGGGAGUCCUCCCAGGCCACAUCUUUUAUGUGCCUAGACAUAGUAAGGCAUUGUAUUCUAAGCCCACAGGCUUUUCCAGAGUUAAAAGGAAGGGGGAAACAUCCAUAAGUUACUUUUUUCAAUGUGCGCCUCAGAAGGAAUCCAGUUUUCCUAGGAAGCCGAAAGUUCUUCCUCCCAGUCAGAGCAGUGAGCUUGCUGACAGCACAGACUAUUCCAGGCUGGUUGCCGGGUGCCCUGGAUUCUCAGAGCCUUGGGUUGGGGCUCCCCUUCUUCCCUUCCUUGUGCUUCUCAUGGAGUACAUGGGGUUACUCUGGUUCAAACCAAAAUCAGAGCUGCUGUGAGCAGGACAAGACUAUGUUAUCAUGACGUAUCGGGAGACACCUGGGACAUUUGUUGUCAUCAUUCUUGGCCCUGCGUUCAGUCUCUCCUGGAAGACUGGAGUGAAUUGGUACCACUUGGAGAUAUGGAGUGUCAGAGGACAGUUGCCAAAGUCACACAUAAGGGGUGUGUUUUAACAGAGAUGGCAAAUUCCAAGUCUGUCAAGCAUGAGUUCAUGGGGAAAUGUCCCCAACAACACUAGCCCAUGGGACCUCCAGAAACCUUGAGCAGAGGAUGGGGAAAGCCUUCAGCAGCCCUCUUCCUACCUCACGAAGUGCCAUUCCCAUGACCUCAGGGUUAUAGCAUUGACAGACCCCGGUCACGUCUGUAGUGACCAAAGCAGACCUGCCUGAAAGGGUGCUUUGGACAGUGAGCAGUGGCCUGUAACCUGUGCUGCCUGGAUUUCUACUGCCUUGGGACAGUCUUGUCUUACCCACUCUGUAGGUGACUGAUGAUCAGUUUAAGAGGGAACUAAGCAAUCUAGCAAUAACUUUGGACAGAUGCUUUGGCUGAGCCUUAGUCCCUCUUUCUGAAAUGCAGAGAGUUGGAUUGAAACAUGCUUUGUGGAAGAACACUUUAAGGAAGUGCUCUAUGAUUUAUUCACGGCCAGUGUAGGCCUCAAGGUAAAAGAACAUCUUAACAUAGAACAGUACAGUGAAGAGCCCAGUUGUCUGUGCCUGUGGUUGGGCAUUACCAGGGGAAGCGCCUUGUUCGAUGCAUCUUGAGAAUCCUCCAUGCCCUCUGGUCCUUUUCACCCAGUCCAGGGCAUUCCUUCUUACAGCACAUGGUGAUAGGCUGAAAGUGCUACAUAAAAGUAAUGUAAAGAGUGUCCGCUCUUCUCACAAUAAAUACUUAUAUGUUGUGUAAAAAUAUUAGGGAUGAUUUAAAAUACCUGGUCUGCAGCAUAUCUGACAACAUGGGAAUAGUGCGGUUUCUCCACAUCAGCCUUAUGUCAGUUCCUCAGAUGUGCCAUAGCCAUUGCCCUGCCGUCCCCUCCAAAAUCUUGGGCAGUGGCUCUCCCUGACCACCUAAUACACUUGCAACCUCAUUAAUGUCGUCUGCCAGCUCCAAACAUGUUCUGUCCUUCCCCUGCUAUCUGUAUGGAUGGCACAUGUCAUUGUGAAUCUCUCUUAGUUCCUUGAGAGGUUUGUUGCCUGCCCUCCCUUCUGAAAUGUAACAGCAACAAAAGUGGGGGCCUUGCCUGUCUUACUACAGUCUCCCCAGCAUCUGGCUCAAGUUAGAUGAUCAGGAAAUGCUAGCUGGAUAAAAUGGCUUCGCCAUUUUGCAACUUGGCAUCCCAGUAUUAUCAAAAUUUAGAUUUAACCUUUCCUCUAAUUUGUGCUUAGUUUGAGAACAGGUUAACAGUUCUAUUCAGCAAUAUUAGACGAUCUGUCUUAGUUAUAAGACAUAUAAAUGCAUUUGUUAUACUCUCACCUUGAAGGCUGGGAUAAAAAAAGGUGUCAGAGGUUUCAAACCUUUUACAGAUGUGUUUUCUCCCUAUAUAAGGAAAAAAAGAGUGAGAGAAAGGGAGCACACUAAUGUCAAAGAUAAGAUCAUGAGUGUAUUUUGGCUCAAAAUGUGUCGUGAAUCUAAAGGUAAUUUAACUGGUAGAAAUGUCUCAGCCAUGUGAAACCAAGAAGUGGGGCAACAUUGUAAGGCUGUGGGAAGAAGCACUCAGUUACGGUGUUGGCAGAGGUGUGAAUUGUACAACAUCCAUGGAAGGCAGUGGGACAGUAUCUGUCAAAAGUGCAAAUGCACAAACCUUCUGAAGCAGCAAUGCUACUUCUGAGAAUUUUGCCUGUGUACAAGGAUUUUUAUUGGAACAUUGUUUGUAAUAGCAAAAAGUUGGAAAGUACCACCAAUAUCAGGCUAAAUUAUGCCAGUCCAUACAAUGGAAUGUUUUGUAGGAAUUUAAAAGAAUGGAGCUGCUCUGUGUGUCCAGCCAUGGAAUGAUCCCCAAGAUGUAUGGUUACAUGGGGGGAAGAAAAGAAGCUGAUAGUAUACUAGUGUUUGUUUUAAAAAAGAGAAAAGGGAUGAAGAAAAAUGUGUCUGUAGAUGUGUGCAUGUGUGUGUGUAUAUAUAUGUAUAUAAUAUGUAUACACACAGAUAAAUGUCUGUCACACGUGUCUGCUUGCAUAUGCCUAGAAAAUCUCUGGGAGGACACACAUCAUCCUGGCGGUCUUGGUUGCCUCUGGGAACAGGGGUGGGAAUUACUUUUCACUGUAUACCUUUUGUACCUUUGAAUUUUGUACCAUGUACAUGUAUUAUCUAUUCAAAAAUAAAUAGUUUUUAAAUUUUAA